UGCCGCUGCUGUAGCUCGACAACAACGCCGUAAUCCACACAAAUCAGCAUGUCUUUAGCACAAGCAACGAAGGGCGAUAUGCCCUACCAAGUGCGCUCACUUUAUCGCUCACUGCUGCGACAAAGCGGUCAAUUCGCCGCCUACAACUUCCGCGAGUACGCCAAGCGGAGAACACGCGAUGCCUUCCGGGAACACCAGAAAGAGGGAGAGGAGAGGAGAGUACAAGAGCUUAUGCAGAAGGGGCUGAAGGAGUUGCAAAUGCUGAAGAGGCAAACAGUCAUAAGUCAGUUCUACCAGAUCGACCGAUUAGUCGUCGAGGGCGGCAAGGAGGGCAAGCAGACAGGCGACAGGAACGACAUUGUCAGACAGAAGGACCAAGGGUGGGAUUGAGCCCAUUCAUAUGCUACAUUCAAGAAGAGGUCAAUGUUGGACCAUGUAACAACACCAUACACUCCCCUUCAAGCAAGCAGAUGGGCCAUAGACUCGGCAGAUGUUUGAGACGAUUUUGGGGUCUUGUGCAACCCUGAACGCACGCUUCUGUGCUGCCAUGAAUGUAUAAUAGGGCGGUCGCUGUGGGCCAAACAGCGUUGCUAGUAUUUGCGUAUAGACACGAACAUCAGCC